CUUUAUAUAAAUAUAUAUAUUUUUAAAAGAUGUUUGGUUUUUCCCUCAAGUAAAUGGGCAGAGGUGUUACAUAGAAGUUGCAAAUAAGGAAGAGGGAACCUCUGCGGGAGGCGAUGAGAUCCAACUGUUGAGCAGGCCUGGGUCCCUAGCUGCCUUUGGCCUUCUGGCCAGCUUCCAGACGCCCAGGGUGACCAACACUAGAGUCCGCGUAACAGUGGGAGGUAAUCCACUGAGAUAAGCCGGGCCUCUCUGGAGCCUGGCGGGCAGCGGCCCUCUCCCUGGGGCUUCCCUUCAAUCUCCGGGACAAUUCCCCGACCUGGGGCUGCUCCGCCUCACGGCCAGGCCUCUCUGCAGAUUGCAAGUUCACCUGCCACUACCGUUGCCGCGCACUCGUCUGCUUGGACUGCUGUGGGCCCCGGGACCUGGGCUGGGAACCCGCGGUGGAGCGGGACACGAACGUGGUGAGCGCGGGACUGAGGGCGUAUGGGCAGAGCGAGGAAGGGCAGGCCACAUUCAUUGCAGGCGUUCCCGAGGGCUGUCCGGUGCUGCGCGCAAUGAGCGUUCUAACUGCCGAUUUCCUAGCGGCAGAGAGAGGCUAAUUCUGCGCGGGGGCUGGGAGGGGUGCCUGGAUUGCCGGCUUGGCACAGACUGCAGGCUGCUAGCGGACCGGGGCUGAGGCGGGCCCACGCUCCGCGCAGUUCCCACACGUUCCGGCCCUAGCCUACGGCCAGCGGCGACUCUGGUGCGCCUGCGUAGACGCUGGCACCCGCCCUGUUUCCUGUAGGAGGUGGGGUCUGUAAGUGGAGCUGCCUGAGCGAUGAGGUCAUUCCUGGGGGCGAAGCGUGCGUGUCCCCGCCCCGACGUUCCUCUCCCAAUGAGACAAGAGCUAGAUCCCGGCGAUCUACGUUUCAGUAUUAACGGUUGCGCUGGCCGGGGCGCACGCGCACACUGACACGCAUGCACGCGCACACUGACACGCAUGCACGCACGCGACCGGGGCGGUGGUUGGCGGCUGCGGACUCUCGGGACUAGAGGGACGGGCGGGCAGGGCGAUGGGCGAGGCGGAGACGCCUUCUUUCGAGAUGACCUGGAGCAGCACGACAAGCAGUGGCUACUGCAGCCAAGAGGACUCCGACUCGGAGCUAGAGCAGUACUUCACCGCGCGAACCUCGUUAGCGCGCAGGCCGCGCCGGGACCAGCCCAUCUUACAGGACGAGCCUGUGGAGUGGGAGACACCUGACCUUUCUCAAGCUGAGAUUGAGAAGAAGAUCAAGGAGUACAAUGGCCAGAUCAAUAGCAACCUCUUCAUGAGCUUGAACAAGGACGGCUCUUACACAGGCUUCAUCAAGGUUCAGCUGAAACUGGUGCGCCCUGUCUCAGUGCCCUCCAGCAAGAAGCCACCCUCCUUGCAGGAUGCCCGGCAGGGGCCAGGACGGAGUGCAAGUGUCAGGCGCCGCACUUCCUUUUACCUGCCCAAGGAUACUGUCAAGCACCUGCAUGUGCUGUCACGCACAAGGGCACGUGAGGUCAUUGAGGCCCUGCUGCGAAAGUUCUUGGUGGUGGAUGACCCCCGCAAGUUUGCACUUUUUGAGCGGGCUGAGCGUCACGGCCAAGUGUACUUGCGGAAGCUGUCAGAUGAUGAGCAGCCGCUGCGGCUGCGGCUCCUGGCGGGUCCCAGUGACAAGGCCCUGAGCUUCGUCCUGAAGGAAAAUGACUCUGGGGAGGUGAACUGGGACGCCUUCAGCAUGCCUGAACUACAUAACUUCCUGCGUAUUCUGCAGCGGGAGGAAGAGGCGCACCUCCGCCAGAUCCUGCAGAAGUAUUCCUAUUGCCGCCAGAAGAUCCAAGAGGCCCUGCACGCCUGCCCUCUGGGGUGACCUCUUGUACCCCCAGGGGAAGGCGGAGAGCAGGCAGCGCCAAGAGCAUGCUGUGUUGCUGUGUGAGUGUGACAGGGCCAGUGGGACCUGUGGAAUGAGUGUGCAUGGAGGCCAUCCUCUGUUGGGGGAAUGAGCCCAGAGAACAGCGAAGGAGCUUGCCCCCUGUGUCUACCUGUGGGUGUAGCUGGGUAUGGCUCUGUACCCCUCUGCCCCUCUGUACUGGGCGUUGGUGGGCCAGGGCUACCCUGGGAAGCUGCUCUAGGCUUGGAGCAGGAGUGGAGCAAACAGAAGUCUCCUCAAUUUGUGUCUCAGAAGUGAGAAUCUUGGAGACCCUACAAACAGAACAGGGUCAUGUUUGCAGGAGUGAGGGCCCUCAUCUAUUAUGGGGAAAGGUUUUGGAUCUUGAAUGUGGUCUCAGGAUAUCCUUAUCAGAGCUAAGGGUGGGUCCUCAGAAUAAGGCAGGCAUUGAGAAAGAGUCUUGGUUUCUCUCUACAGUGCCAACUCCUCACACACCCCAAGGUCAGGGAGUGCUGGUUCACAGUGCAGCAAGUGCCUUAAUGCCUCAUAGGAGGAGGAUAUCCCUGGGCCAGGGUCUGUGUGAAUGUGGGCACUGGCCCAGAUUCAUACCUCAUUUGCUAAUCAAAGCCAGGGUCUCUCCCUCAGGUAUUUUUCAUGAAGUGCAUGAAUGUUUGUAAUGUGUGGUGGCCUCAGCUGAAUGGCUCCUGUGGGGGAAGGGUCGGGGUGACAGUCAUCAUCAGGGCCUGGGGCCUGAGGCCUGAGAGAAUUGGCUGAAUAAAGUUUUAAAGAUCCUCC